AUGGCACCGAUCCUCGCAUUCUCCCUCUACUGCCUCGCCCUGCUCCCGACUGCCUUCGCCGAAAACGAACUCUACCAAGCCUCCUGCCAACGCAAAGGCAAGCAAGACAACGGCGUCACUGCCUCCAUCUGCCGCCAGAUCAACAAGGAACAACACUUCCACAACGACUGGUAUUGGGAUCUCGUCAACAAUGAGUGCCGCUUCCACAACGGCGACGAUCCCAAGCAAUUCGGUGGUGCAGGGUGGAGGAGGUUCACGGUGCUGUGUCAGCAGUUUGGUUUGGUGCCGUCCAAUCCCACGUCGUGUACCAUGGUUGACGGUGGUUGCUGA